AUGCUGAAUAAUAUUCAAUGGAUUGAGGAUCGUAUAUGUAUUGCCCUACGUGCCAAUGAGUCACAACGGCCGUUUUUGUUUGUUGUUGAAUGGCUUUUCCAUGGAAUUCCUUGGAUUGGUGGCUCUAUCCUACUAGCGGUAUUUGCAAUCUCCGGCCGCUGGCCGAUAGAAGAACAAGAUUGGAUUGUGCUAUUAAAUAUAGGCCUCGUACUUGAUUUGAUCUUCUGCGGCGUUGUGAAAGUUUGUGUCCAGCGACCACGUCCGCUUCAUAACCGCGACGACUUCCGUUAUGGUGCACCGAUUGCGGAUCGGUUUAGCUUUCCGUCGGGCCAUACGACAAGAGCGGCGAUGUUGGCUCGAUUUUUAGAGCGCACCGUUGAGAUGACCCCAUUGUGGAAUAAUGGAAUGUGGCUGCUGGUAGGGAUCGUGGCCUUAUCCCGGAUUUCCAUGGGCCGCCACCAUCCAUCCGAUGUAUUAGCCGGGGUUGUCAUCGGAAUCCUGGAAGCGGAAUUAACGCUACAAAUUCCGCCGCGACUUCGGAGAACCGAUACUUGGGUGCGAACGAUGACGCGAAACCUAGUGUUGCUGUUCUUCCUGAUCGGCCUUUGCCCUCAUCAGACCGCAGCCUGGGGCUAUGAGGAAGAUGAUGGACCCAGCAACUGGGAUGGAAAGUGUCGAGAGGGCCAGAACCAGAGUCCCAUCGACAUCCGGGCGGCAGAUGUGGAAUAUGCUCCAUUGCAUCGGCUCCAUUUCGUCCACUACGACAACAGGGGACUGAUCACGCUCGCAAAUAAUGGCCAUACGAUUUCUGGGUCCGGGUUCAACACCUGGGAAGCCAAGCAGCCGUAUGUGAUGAGCGGCGGGCUAAAGCAUAAGUAUAAGCUCGAGCAAUUCCACCUCCACUGGGCGGAUUCCGAUGACCGAGGCAGUGAGCACACGAUUGGUGGACUCCAUUAUCCAGCCGAGCUUCACCUCGUCCACCACCGUGAAGACCUUUCAUUCGCAGAAGCGGUAAACACUCCAGGCGGUUUGGCAGUUGUCGCCGUCUUUGUGACAAUUGGUGAAGAAACGAGGCCACUGGAGAGUGUUGUCGGCUCCAUGAAGGAAGUUAUCCAUUCUGGUAACCGAUCAGACAUCCACGGUUUUCAUACCAGGCGGAUGCUGCCGGGACACAUCGAAUCAUUCUACCGCUAUGAUGGGUCAUUGACGACACCCGGCUGCUUUGAGACCGUUGUCUGGACCAUCCUCAGCGACCCAGUAUCGAUUACCCGUAGACAGAUGGACGAACUCCGACGCAUCCGAUCCCAAGAGGGCGAUCCCUACAAAUACAACUACCGACCGGUGCAGCGCUUGAACGGCAGAAAGAUCUUGUAUCGACCAUCCCAAUUCGACAAAGCAAUCUUCUGUGGCAACAGCGCCGCAACGAGCACAGUCCUCACCUCAGUGUUGCUCUAUCUAGUCAGCCGGUAUUUC